UUUAGUUUUUUUGUUAUUCUGAAGCGUCCCCCAUUUUUAACUGAUAUGUUUCACGAUAUGCACUCUAGAUAAGAUAAACGUGUUCUGAAAAGUGUGUUGUUAAGUUUAAACUUAAAGGAAAUGUCGAGGACGGAAAACUAUCUGGCACUUUGCCUGCUGGACGCAGUAGAGGAUCAGAAUUUGGAUUCGAUGAGAGCUCUGCUGGAGCACCACAAAGCCAAUCCCAAUGUGAUGGUUUUAGACCGAAAUGUGGCCCCGGUACAUUUAGUGAUCGGUAUGGAGAAUGUGACGUUGGCCGAAACAGCCACUCGAUUGAUGAUGGAACAUGGGGCUGAUCCAAACUUACGUUCCCAGGAAGAAGGAAUGACUCCGUUGCAUGUGGCCGCACAUCUUGGCCGUGCAGGAAUAGUACAGUGCCUGUUGAAGUUCGGAGGAGAUUUGGGGAUUCGAGAUGAUGAUAGAAAGACUCCUAUCGAAUAUGCAAUCGAAGAGGGACACUUCGAAGUGAUAAAGGUUAUGCAGAAUUGGGUAUUUGAACAGAAAUUCGAACAGAAGCGGCAACGAGUGAUCAUGGAUCAACAACAAAAUGCUAAUGGAGGGUACAUUAAAUGCCUCGGCGGUUACUUGAGAGUAACAACACCCACUAAAAAUUGCCUAUCAACUAUACAAAAGCUAGACGAGAAUAAACUGACACCGAAUCGGAUUCAUUAUAAUUUUGAUGCAACUUCACCGUAUUACAUCAAUAUUACUCAUCGGAAUAAACAGACUAAGGCUAAGCGAAUUGACAAUAUAAGUACACAAACAGUUCCAUUGAAUCAAACAGAGCAAAAGGAAGAGUUAAUAGAAAUAAUAGAAAGUCCAGAUGAAGAUGACAACAUUGUUGUAGGUCGCAAAAACUUAUUCGAAUUAACAGAGCGAAAUUUGGCGAACUUCAGUAGGAACAUGACGAACUCCGGUCGCAGGUCUUCUUUUAUUGAAUGUUGGAGGGAUAAGAUAGCAGCACUCAGAGAUAGAAACAAACUAAGCACAAAACUUGAAGAUAUUGAAAGGAUUCUAUCGGGCAUCUCGGAUACCAGCUUCCAUGAAACUAUUCUUGAUCGAACAGUAGAAGAUCAAUCCCCUGGUUCACAUGGCUCACCUCCACGAAGCCCAGAAUCAGAUCAAAACAGUUCCUUCAAAACUGCAGUGGAGCACGUGGCUCAAAAAUUGGAAGACAGUCUCCGAACAAAUGAAUUCGCUCUUGUACUUUGCCCAUCUCCAGAAGCUCCUUCCAUAAAAGUAACUCCUCCCACCACCCUUGAUCGUAUUGUACAAAUUACCGAAGAGUACGUACACACAGACGACGAAGCUGGAUUGGUUUUCUACGAGAAAAAGUUCCUUACUGUUACCUCGACCAAUACUGAUACAGCAGAAAAAAGGCAAAGGAAUCCAUCAAUGUCUAGCCAAUCGACGGCCAUCACCUUGCCACCGUUAGACUACGACACCGAUGCACUGCGAGCAGAACUGACCAACUUCGGAGAACCUCCAGGACCCAUUACAGUCCACACCAAGAAAUUGUAUUUGAAAAAGCUGGUUAAAUUCAAACGAGAUCCCGAACGGGCUUUGGCAGCAUUGUCAAAAGAUAAAAAGCAAACUAACUACUCGGUGGAGCUACAGGCCAGUAUCCGCCGAGAGGAAGUGUUUCGCCAGAUCGCCGAGUGUGGUGCAUUGGAGCAGGAAAUGUCCACCGAGUUUACAACAGCCAACGAUAAAACAUGGCGCGAAGGUCAUCUAAAAAAAAGUUUCAUCUACCUCUUGAUCGAUCCAAGGAUUUCGGAAAAUCUCCCAGCACAGCAGAAUAUAGUUGAUCGGCACGAUCUAUGGAAAAGGUUUCUCCAGUCAAUAUUCUACGUUGGUAAAGGAAAGAGUAGUCGCCCCUAUUGUCAUUUGUACGACGCUAUGAAGCUGUACCACCAAAAAUCAGCCGGCAAAUCAAAUCUCCAACCGCCUCCCGCCACGACCGCACAACUGCAGAUUGAAGAAGAGAAAAUUAUUUUCCAGAGUGAAGAUCGCAUUGAACGCUUUUGUCGUACGGCGAAAAUUCUUAACCGUAAGCAAAUGAAUGACAGCCAAAAGUUGAAUCGUAUCAUCGAUAUAUGGCGAUCCCAGCAUGGAGUAAUCUGUCUGCACGUCUUCCACAACAUAAUGCCGGCUGAGGCCUAUACACGGGAAGCGGCCAUCAUCGAUGCUAUUGGGAUACACAAUCUGACCAAUCUGAAGCGAGGUGAUUACUACGGCAAGACGCUGUCGUGGCCGAUGAAAAGGCGAAAGCAGCUCGGUAUUCUGCUGCUGUACAAAGCAAUGUUGAUCUUCUUAGCUGAAGGAGAAACUCAGUUACUGCCCAGUGAUCUGAUAUAGAGAAAAAAAAACUGCAACUGGUCAAUUUCGAAAGAUAUGUAAAUAAUGCAAAGCGUAAACUAUAACAUUUAUGAAGAACAAAUUGUACUCAAAGUGAUUAAAUUGUUUUAUAGAAAAAUGUAUAAUUGUGUGUAUUAUUCUGAAUAACUUUAGAUUUAUCAACCUAGCAACACAAACAUAAUCUAUUACAUGUCUAAAUCUUGUAGAGGCAAUUUUUAUCAUUUUUAUAAAAAAUACAACUGUCGUUUUCAAUGCUCUAAAACCAAUAGAAAAAAUCAUUUAAGAAGAGAACGCUCAUUAUGAGGGGCGGUUUCUAAGAGAAUGGGAACUCGCCGGUAGACUAUACCAAUACAUAAACAGCUUCCUAUCGAACCGCACUAUCCAGGUUUUUAUCAAUAACUGUCUUUCCAACCCAAAGCCAAUAUUCACAGGGGUACCACAAGGAUCAGUAAUCUCUCCUACCCUCUUCCUUAUCGCAAUCAAUUCUAUCUUUAAAAUCAUCCCCGAUCACACUAAGAUCCUAGUCUACGCAGACGAUAUCACAUUAGUCUCGAUAUCUCCUUUCGCACGCUUAGCACACAAUAGACUACAAAUGACGCUGGACAAAAUAGCCAGCUGGGCACCCAGAACGGGUUUCCUAUUCUCUCCUGACAAGUCCAAACU